AUGGACGUGGACGUGGACGUGGACGUGGACGUGGACGUGGACGUGGACGUGGACAUGGACAUGGACGUGGACGUGGACGUGGACGUGGACGUGGACGUGGACGUGGACAUGGACGUGGACAUGGACGUGGACGUGGACAUGGACGUGGACAUGGACGUGGACGUGGACGUGGACGUGGACAUGGACGUGGACGUGGACGUGGACGUGGACGUGGACGUGGACGUGGACGUGGACAUGGACGUGGACGUGGACGUGGACGUGGACGUGGACGUGGACGUGGACGUGGACGUGGACGUGGACAUGGACGUGGACGUGGACGUGGACGUGGACGUGGACAUGGACAUGGACGUGGACGUGGACGUGGACGUGGACGUGGACGUGGACGUGGACGUGGACGUGGAGGACUUGGACGUGGACAUGGACGUGGACGUGGACGUGGACGUGGACAUGGACGUGGACAUGGACGUGGACGUGGACGUGGACGUGGACGUGGACAUGGACGUGGACGUGGACGUGGACGUGGACGACUUGGACGUGGACGUGGACGUGGACGUGGACAUGGACGUGGACGUGGACGUGGACAUGGACGUGGACAUGGACGUGGACGUGGACGUGGACAUGGACGUGGACAUGGACGUGGACGUGGACGUGGACGUGGACAUGGACAUGGACGUGGACGUGGACGUGGACGUGGACAUGGACGUGGACGUGGACGUGGCGUGGCUUGUGGUGAAUGGGAGUGCGUGA